AUGGCGACCUCGCGAGAUGUCCCCACUCUGACCUUCAUUGCCAAACCGUAUCCUUUCACUUUUCCCAUAAGAACAACAGCGCUGCUUGUGAUUGACAUGCAAAGGGACUUCAUCUGUCAAGGCGGCUUCGGAGAGAUCCAGGGAGGCAAUCUCGAAGCGGUUCAGGCGUCAAUUGGUCCAACUAAGGCUCUUCUCGAGGCAUGCCGAGCUGCCGGGCUCAGUAUAUUCCAUACCCGAGAAGGCCAUGUCCGCGAUCUAUCAGAUUGUCCAUCCUCAAAAAUCAUUCGUCAAGCAGCAGCACCUGGGAAUUCACAACAUCUAAAGGUAAUUGGCGACAAGGGCGAGCUUGGCCGACUCCUUGUUCGGGGUGAAUAUGGCCACAACAUCGUUGAUGAGCUGCGGCCUUUGCCUGGCGAGGUGGUGAUUGACAAGCCUGGCAAGGGUGCUUUCUGGAAUACUCGCAUUAUGCACAAGCUCAAGGCGAGAGGUAUCACCCACCUACUAGUGUCAGGGGUGACAACUGAAUGUUGCUUUUCGACUUCCAUCCGAGAAGCCAACGACCGCGGUUUUGAAUGCUGCGGCAUAGUGCAAGCGACUGCAGGGUACAACUCAGACUUCAAAGCUGCAAGCCUUGAUAUGAUUCAUUGGUCUCAGGGUCUCUUUGGAUUCGUUGGGGAGUUGCAACCUCUUCAAGACGCUCUCCACUCUUAUAGGCAACCACAUAUCUCUCUCGGACCCACGACACCACCUCAGACACCUCCAUAUUGGGAUGGAUCGUUGGACAUCACCAGCUUACACGCAGCUUAUCGGAAUGGUCUUUCACCUAUAUCCGUUGCUGAGGCACUAUACGACAGGAUUGAGAAGUAUCAGAGAAUUGAUCCGGGUGUUUGGAUAUACCUACGAUCGAAGGACGCGGUGCUCGCAGAUGCAAAGAAGCUGGCAGAGAAGUAUCCGGAGAAGCACGCACUGCCGUCUCUGUACGGUAUUCCUUUCAAUGUGAAGGAUAGCAUUGACGUUGCUGGACUCCACACGACGACGGCAUGUCCACCUUUGGCACAUAUUCCGCCCAAAUCAGCUCGAGCAUAUGACCUCGUUCUGGAACAGGGCGGCUUAUUCAUGGGGAAGGUCAACCUAGAUCAGCUCGCUACAGGUCUAAGCGGAUGCCGCAGCCCGUACGGAAUCCCUCACUCCGUUUUCAAUGAGAAAUACAUCUCAGGUGGAUCAUCAAGCGGCAGUUGCGUCAGCGUUGGGGCCGAUCUGGUGACAUUCUCCUUGGCAACAGACACUGCGGGUAGUGGUCGCGUACCUUCUGGGUACAAUGGUGUUGUGGGUUACAAACCUACCCGUGGGUUAAUCUCCAUCGAAGGCGUGACGCCUGCGUGCCCUUCUCUGGAUUGCGUUGCCAUCAUUGCCAAGAAUGUGGAAGAUGCACGUGCUGUAUGGCAGUGCUGCGAGGCAUAUGACGGAAAUGAUCGAUACGCGAGAAACAGUUUUCCUUUGGAACGGCAUGUCAACUCUCUUGGGCAACUGGCUCGGUCAUUCAAGUUUGGUGUGCCGCCGCCGGAAGUUCUUGAAAUCUGCUCGCCUGUCUAUCGUCGCAUGUUCAACCAAGCCAUACAGCACCUGCAAAUUAUCGGUGGAACCCUGGUUGCCGUCGACUGGGCUCCAUUCCAGAAGGCGGGCGAUCUGCUCUACCAAGGAACCUUCGUCUCGGAAAGACUAGCAAGUUUACCGGACGAUUUCUUUGAAAAGAACAGACAAGAUCUACACCCCGUGAUACUGAAGCUCUUCGAGGAUGUAAUCGCAAGACAGAGUACCGCAGUACAGGCUUACCGAGACCUUCAAGCUAAAUCCCUUCUUACUAGACAGGCAUCUUCACAAUUUGCUGCCGCGGGGACGGAUGGACUAUCGGUGAUUGUGGUGCCAACAGCUCCAGAGCAUCCUCUCAUCUCCUCGAUGCUGGUCGACCCUAUCGAUCUAAAUGCGAAACUGGGUACUUUCACCCACUUCGGGAACGUCUUGGAUCUGUGCGCAGUUGCAGUUCCAGCAGGUACUUACCAAGCGAGCGAAAUCGACUCGUCAGGAAAAGGCGAGCUUCCAUUCAGCAUUACAUUCCUUGGGGCAAGUUGCACCGAUAGUGAAAUACUGGGCAUUGCGCAAAGAUUUUUUGAAGCUGUCGGUCAGGGUGAUAGGGCAUAG